AUGGCCAGUGCUUUGCUGUAUUAUUUUCUGAUCCUGAUUUUCGGCAUUCCAAUGCACGAAUGUGUGGCGGUACUCCGAGAUGGCAGGUGUGUCAUCGAGGAACCCUGUUUUGAUCUGAGCGUGAUGGCUAAUGUAGCCGAGCGUGUCAGCAAAGAUGUGACAGCUUCGGAUGGUGAGAAGAUCCUCCUGAAACACAGCUCCUUUGACAAAAUUCGAAAAAAGAAAAAUCUUCAUAGCUGUGUCCUGCAGAAAAUCAUUGACCUAUUUCAAGAUGUUCUCGAUAAGACAAAUGGAACCUAUGUCCAUAAAAACGAAGAAAUAAACCACCAUCAUGAGCUUAUACACAUUAUGGAUCAACUCAGAAACUGUGUUUAUAAGAAAAACGAUAGAUGUAAAAAGCUAUAUAAGAUGUCUGACAUAACCACAACUUCCUCUCCAAUGAUUUUGGAGAAAAAAAUGAACCCAAAUCAGCUUGCUGUUUUACAGCUACAAAAACUGAAGUCUGCCAGUAAGAGGGUCAGCGAUGUGCAUAUCCAGGAGAAGGUCAUGGACGAGCUGAAAUCCCUCCAUCUCUACGUGCAGGGAAAAGGCUUCCGGAAAAAUACGAAUGACUAA